AUGAGUUCUGAGUUACCUGAUAUAACAAAAUUUCUUCGUGAUGAAACAAAAAAUAAACUUGUUAUUUAUGAAUUAGAAUACAAUAAAAUUGAUGAUCCGAAUGAAAAAUUUCGUACUAAAGCUAAAUCUCAAGGACAAUGUGCAUGUCGAUUAUGGUUAAUUUUAUUUUUAGUAAAUUUUGCCAUAAUAACUAUCUUUAUGUUUUUACUUCUUUUAAUCUUAAUUGAAAUUGGACCUGUGGCUCCAUAUCAAACUUAUGGUAAACAAUGUGUUAGUGGUAAAUGUGAUUCAUCGAAAGGAUUAGUAUGUACAGGUAUAAAUAAAUCCAAAACAUGUCAAUGUCCAUCGGGUAAUUGGUUUUGGUAUGAUAAUACAAAAUGUCGUGAAUGUCCACCUAAUUGGAUUGUUAGUAAUAAUGGUACUGGUUGUUAUUUUGUAUCAGAUACAGAAUUAACUUUUAUUGAUGCUAAUCAAUGGUGUAUAACGAGUCAAAGUCGACCUAUUGAAAUCUCAAAUGAAAAUAUAUUUGUUACAUUACAAUCUAUAAAAGAUUUUAAUUUUAAUUUAACUAAAACUUAUUGGAUUGGUUUACGUGAAAUUGGUCCCAAUACAAAUAUUUAUCGUUGGAUUACAUCACUAUCAACAUUUUCUAAGUCGAAUUAUUUUUGUUCCGGUCAACCAGCUCAUACAUAUAAUUAUUAUUUUCAAGAAUAUGAUCAAUGUAUUGGUUUAUAUAUUCAAUCAAAUACUUCAUCAUGUUUACGUGAUUCAACAUGUUCAAAUGUAUCACCAUUUAUAUGUGAAUUAUACUAA